AUGACUUGUGAGCUCCUCUUCUGUCCUCCACACACAGCUACGAUUGGCAUCUCCCACCCGGACUAUGUCGUGGAGACCAACACCCUGUCCAGCGUGCCCCCACCCGACAUCACCUACACCCUCUCCAUCUCUGAGAGCGUCAUCAGCACAGGCCUUCUCUCCGCACUGCAGCUGGAGGCCAUCAUCUAUGCCUGCCAGCAACACGAGGUGAUCCUACAGAAUGGACAGCGAGCAGGCUUCCUGAUUGGAGACGGGGCAGGAGUGGGAAAGGGGCGAACAGUGGCCGGCAUCAUCUUGGAGAACUACCUGAAGGGCCGCAAGAGAGCCCUCUGGUUCAGUGUUUCCAAUGACCUGAAGUACGACGCGGAGAGAGAUCUCAAAGACAUUGAUGCGGCCAGUAUCCCUGUUUACGCUUUAAACAAGAUAAAGUAUGGAGACACCGCUACCUCAGAGGGGGUGCUGUUCGCCACGUACUCCGCUCUGAUUGGUGAGAGUCAGGCAGGCGGGCAGCACCGCACCAGACUCAAGCAGAUCCUGGACUGGUGCAAACCCAACUUCGAUGGAGUCAUUGUGUUUGAUGAAUGCCACAAAGCCAAAAAUGCCACGUCCACUAAGAUGGGCAAGGCCGUACUGGACCUGCAGAGCAAGCUGCCCAAGGCGAGGGUGGUGUACGCCAGUGCCACAGGUGCCUCGGAGCCAAAGAACAUGAUCUACAUGAGCCGCCUGGGGAUCUGGGGAGAGGGCACACCCUUCAAGACCUUUGAAGACUUUCUGCAUGCCAUUGAGAAAAGGGGUGUGGGAGCCAUGGAGAUAGUUGCCAUGGACAUGAAGGUCAGCGGGAUGUACAUCGCCCGGCAGCUGAGCUUCGCGGGUGUGUCGUUCCGCAUCGAGGAGAUCGCCCUGGACAACGAGUUCAAGCUGAUGUACAACAAAGCAGCCCGACUGUGGGCUGAGGCCUUGGCCUUGUUCCUGAGGGCCGCCGACACACUGGGUCUGGUGUCCAGGAAGUCACUGUGGGGCCAGUUUUGGUCCUCGCACCAGCGCUUCUUCAAAUACCUCUGCAUCUCAGCCAAAGUGCGCCGGCUGGUGGAGCUGGCCAAGAGGGAGUUGGAACAGGGCAAGUGCAUUGUGAUUGGUCUGCAGUCCACGGGUGAGGCUCGGACCAGAGAGGUGUUGGACGAGAAUGAUGGGCAUUUGGACCGCUUUGUCUCCGCCGCUGAGGGUGUGUUCCACUCGCUGGUGCAGAAGCACUUCCCCUUGGAGAAGCCCAAGAGAGACAAGCCUGCCGGGAACAAGAGGAAACGGAAGCCACGUGGGAGGCCUCCUAAGUAUCCAAAGCACAGUAAAGACGUGGUAGGGGAGGUGAUCAGCAUAAGUGACAGCAGCAGCUGUGAGUCGGAUGGAAUGGACAGCGACUCCAACUCUUCCCCCGGGUCCCCACAGGACAACGAUGAUGUCAUCUUUGUUAACCACAUCAACGGUCACACAGCCAAACUAGAAGAACUGAAACAGAAUCUGCUGAGCAAGAUCUCUGCGCUUGGAAAGGACCUGCCCCUCAACACCUUGGAUGAGCUGAUUGACCGCUUCGGAGGACCUGAGGUGGUGGCUGAGAUGACUGGGCGUAAGGGUCGGGUGGUUCGUCGGCCUGAUGACAGUGUGCGCUACGAAUCACGCGCAGAGCAAGGCCUCACCAUCGAUCACGUCAAUAUGAGAGAGAAGGAGCGCUUCAUGUGUAGAGAAAAGCUGGUAGCGAUCAUCUCCGAGGCAGCCAGCUCAGGCAUUUCCCUGCAGGCUGACAAGCGCGUGCAGAACCAGUGCAGGAGGGUCCACAUGACCCUGGAGCUUCCUUGGAGUGCCGACCGGGCCAUCCAGCAGUUCGGCCGCACUCACCGCUCCAACCAGGUGACCGCUCCGGAGUACAUUUUCCUCAUCUCAGAGCUGGCAGGAGAAAGACGCUUUGCUUCAAUCGUAGCGAAGAGGCUGGAGAGCUUGGGUGCUUUGACUCAUGGAGACAGACGUGCCACAGAGUCGAGAGACCUGAGCAAGUUCAACUUUGAGAACAAGUAUGGAAACAAAGCUCUGGAUAAGAUCACCAAAGCCAUUCUGGGCCACAUCAAGAACACUGUCCCAGCACCCAAGGAAUACCCUGGUGGUGAUGUAGCUUUCUUCAGAAACAUGAAGCAGUGCAUGAUUGACGUGGGAAUCCUCUGCAGUAAUCCUCGUUUUGUCAUCAAUGCUGAGAAAGACUGCACCAUCACCAAGUUCUUGAACCGCAUCCUGGGCCUGGAGGUCCACCAGCAGAACUUCCUGUUCCAAUACUUCACUGACAACUUUGAGCACCACAUUGAGAAGGACAAGAAAGAAGGCAAAUAUGACAUGGGCAUCCUAGAUCUGGCUCCAGGGAAUGAUGAGAUCCGUGAAGAGACCCAGGAGCGCUUCUUGACCGCAGGGAACCCACAGGAGGGACAGGUCAUACUGUACAAGAUCAGUGUAGAUCGAGGUAUGCCAUGGGAGGAGGCAUUCAAUAAGGCCACUACCCUCACUGGAGAAGAUGAGGGCUUCUACCUCUCUCACAAGCUGCGAGGAAGCAUGCCAUGUGUACUGCUAGCAGAGCAGGGUCGAGGGAGAAACCUCAUCGUAUUCAAACCCAACAUCGGCAAGCAGACGCACCCCGAGAGCUUGGACAACCUGCAGCUCCGAUACCGCAAGGUGCCUCCAGAGGAGGCAAAAGAUUGCUGGGAUAGUCAGUUUGAGUUCUCCCUGCAGAAGUGCAGCCAUGCCCAUUGGAAGGGCAAGUGUAAACAGAAGGAGUUGGGCAAUGAAUGCUGGCUGGGUAUGCGUCUGAGGCAGUACCACAUGCUGUGUGGUGCCCUACUGCGUGUAUGGAAACGUGUGGCAGACAUAGUCUCUGACAUCACCAACUCCAGCAUCCUGCAGAUUGUCCGAUUGAAAACCAAAACGAACAGCAAGCAAGUGGGCAUCAAGAUCCCUGAGAACUGUGUGGCCCGCGUGCGUACGGAGCUGGUCCAGAUGGACGAGGAGGUGAAGCGGCAGCGGCAGGAGCGCGAGCAGCGGGUGCAUGAGAAGCAGGCCACCGAGCAGCUGCUCCUCCGCCUGGCCAAGCUCCGCUCCGUCAACCCCAACCUAAAUCUUCAGAGCCUUGCCAGCUUGUACCCCCGUCCCAAUGCCGCCUCCGCCACCAACUCCCCCAGAAUCCUGCCCGCCCUGGUGAAGAAGGAGGUGCUGGAUGACGAGGUGCUGGACUUGACGCUGAGCCCUUCUCCCUCCCCGGACAGCAGCACGGCGGAGGCGGGGGCUGAGAGCAGCCCCACCCUGCCUGAGACCUUCCACCUGGAGGCACUCAUCUCUCAGGAGCGGCAGCGCGAGCAGGGCGGCGGCGUCCCCCAUACGCAUGCGUUGCACACACGCCUACUGCAGCAGCAGCAGCAGCAGCAGCAGCAGCAGCAGCAGCAGCAGCAGCAACAACAACAGCAGCAGCCCCGCAGUCCUGUCCCCCCACGCGCCCUUUCCCAGCAGAGGAGCCUGACGCAGGCACAAGCCCAUCAGCAGGCACAAGCCCAGCAGCAGACCAACCGCCUACUCCUCGCCCACACCAACCUACGCCAGCAGCUGCAGCAACGCCCAAGGAGCCCGCUGGUCUCACACACGCACGCGCAGGCCAACACCGUGCCACACGGCUCCUACACUCAGUCCGCACAGCGAGGUCACCCGCUGCGGCAGCAAAGGCAGACGAACGUGCGCAAGCUGCAACAGCAGUCAACACAGCACACGGCUCUGGCACUAAAUGCGCGCAAACAGCAGCUCCGCACAGACGCGCACCCUGUAAUGCAGCAGUUCCAGCAGCAGCAGCAGCGGCGAGAGCUGCCGUAUGCUCAGCAGGCCACAAACAGGCAGCGCCUCCCAAAUGCUCUGCACAUCCCAAACACACGCGCACUACACAUAGGCAACGCGCACACGCAGCAACUGUCAAACACACAGGCAACAAGUACUCGCAUGAUCCAGCAGCAGCAGCAGCAGCAGCAGCAUCAACAACAAUCGCAGCAGCACCAACAACAAUCGCAGCAGCAUCAACAACAAUCGCAGCAGCAGAUGCUUCACAACAGCCUGGGUCAGCAUGGCUCACACACCCAGCCCCACACGCUCACUCAGACUCAGGCGCACCCCCAGGUCAAACACACACACGCGCUGUCGGUGAGCCCACCCAUCUCGCUGGAUGACUGUCCAUCUCCUGAUGACAUUCUGGACUUCCUGGACUGCUCAGCGUCCUCCGCUGUUCUGCCGCCAUCGUACUUUUCCUCUGCCUCCUCGCAGGCGGUCUCUUCCCCUCCCUCUCUGUCGUCCUCGUCUCCCUCCAUCGGCUCCUCCGCGUCGCUCUACUCCGCCGGCCUGCCUCUGUCUAUCGGCGCUGGCGCAGGAUCCUCUUCCGUCUUUGCUUGCUCCUCCCCUUCCUCUCCUGCUAAUAUCUCCAUCCUCCCCUCUAAUCACACGCUUCUGUCCUCCAGUAACCACAGCUCUGUUUUCUCCUCUAACAACAACAGCUCCUCCAUCCUCCCUCCAGCACACACUCUCCUCCCCUCCUCUGCCAACUCAUCCCACCUCUCCUCCUCAGAUCACUCGCUUAACCCGUCUCUGCUCUGCACUGCUCACUCCCUCCAACCCCCCCUCGACACCUACCUCCUCUCCUCAAACAAUCCCUCACUCUUCUCCUCCUCGUCCUCAUCCUCCUCGUCCUCGUCCUCAUUGCCCAAUGGCCACUGCAGUAUGGACGCUUUGGACAUGUUGAGAGCCAGUGCGAGUGACCGUCAGUCUGUCAUCCAGUACAAGCCAGAGUGGGACGCCACUUAGUGUCUGAGCUGCUCGCUGGGCUGCCACUGUUCCCACGCACAUCAGAACUGCUCCCCUGACACCAUCUCCCAUCCGGACGCCGCGAGUCACUGUCGCCUCCCCAGGGCUAUCAAGUAGCGUUGUUAUUGUUUCUGUUGUGUUUUUGUUCUGCAUCUAUAAGCUACUGUUAUGAAAUGGUGUUUGUUUUGUUGAUUGUUUAUUUUUGUUGUUUUUUGUUUGUUUUUGUUUUUUGCUUUACUUUGUGACUACCACAGUUGAUCUUGGUUGUGAAUACCUACCGCGGGCUUAUUCUUUGGGGGUAUGUUGCUUUGAAAAGUUUACCUCUGACAGCAACUUUUCUCUGCACUUGAGUCAGUAGUUAUUCUGUACUCACAGAGGCGAGAUUACAUUGAAAAAAAUCUUUAAAACAUUCAAUGCAUCCAGGCAUACUGGAUAUAAUCAGCAUGCUAAUUGAUCUGAUAGUUGGCACAACAAAUGUAAUUACCCAAUGCAAAUUGUUAUCAAUUAUAGUGCCUCAAUUACACUAUUGGGCCACAAUACAGGAUGCUACUUUGUCCCUUCAUCUUCAGACUUCAGAUCCCGUUACAAGUCACAUACGUAUAUGAGAAUACCCUCUGCCUCUCAGAUCAAGUGUAACAGUCAGGCCAUCUGAACUAAAGAUCCAAAAUGGCUGAAGCCAUUAUAGUUUUUGUUAGUCUGUCUUAUUUCUGUCAUGGGGAAAUCUGUUCUGAUCUUAGAAAAAAAGAUCAAAAGAAAGAAAUGCCUUGUCCUAACAGUGCCUUCACAAAUGCUUAACAAAUGCAGUCUUUUAAACUGGUAUGUAUAUAUUUAUAUUGAGAGAAGUGGAAUAUUAUUAUUUAUUGUAAUGACUUAUGUUACUCUAAAGAAGAAAAGAAAACUUCCUCUCUUGAGCAGUGACCUGUGGUCAAACACGGUCACACAACAUUUAGUCUGCUGUUUAUGGUUAUUAUUAUUGAUAUUAUAAUAAUUAUUAAUUUUAAUGUUUGCUUUUAUUUUGCCCCACUCAGCAAGUCAGACUAUCCUCUUUCGUCCACAUCUUCCCUGACAGUGAGAACAGAGAGAGAGGGAGAGAGACAGAGACAGAGAGAGAGAGAGUGGCCAGUGCUGAAAAUAAACAUGGCUAUAAUGUGAGCCAGAUGUUAUAAUAAAUGAAAUCUUGUCACUUGUACUGCUUGUUUAAGUAAUUUCUCAGGUAUAGUGCUGUCCUUUUUCUAUAAGUGCAGACCAAUUGCUACCGUAUUUUAAUUAAAUUCGUUUUGGGAAGAUGUUUUGUUGGGAAACGAAUCCACUCAUUCAGGGGAACCAAACCAUUUUGAUUAUGUGAACCUCCCAAAUUGCGAAAUAUGAGAACCGGUGAAUCAGGUAUAUGUUUUCACUGUCUCACCUACAAGUGGAAGUGUAAGCAAUACAGUGUCUUAUGAACAUUUCUCAAAUGUACCUAUAAGUGAUCAACAACUCAUCAGAAGUGCUUCAGUGGUUCAAGGAUUGGGUGUGUAUUUGUCUAACUACAGGUUUGAAUAAUUCUAUUUAAAUAUUUUUUUUAAUUGGGGUAAAAUUGUUUAAAGGUCCUUACUGUACGGUCAAUAGAUUGUGUCUUGUAUUCUUGUAUCCAAGUGGGAAGAAAGAAAUGUAUUAUUGUUCUUUGAUGUUGCUGUUCAUAAUUAUUGUCAUCAUUACUAUAAUUGUUAUUUAUAUAUUCAAGGGAUAUUUUAGUAGGACUGUUAUUUUGAUUCUGUUAUCCUGUUUGAUAGCUCAACACGUUCUAAACCUCUUGUCAGGGUCCUGUUCCCCACACCCUCCUCAGAAGUUAGUCUAAACAUAUUUAACCUGCCACCAAAUAUAUUGCACUGCCACAUACUGCUGUACUGCAAUAUUGUAUGUUUUCUGUAUCUAUUUUAUGCACACUAAUCAGAAACUGUCAUCUCUUCGUUGGGUUUAACACCCCUUACCCUCACCCCCAGUAUCCAUUUUUCCUGACACCAAAGCAUCAGCACAAGUAUCUUGCAAUGUCUGAACACAUGGGUGAAUUACUUUGGCUGUUAACCUACCAGAUGCCAUUUCAGGUUGCUACAAAAUCAUGAUAGAAUUCUCCCUGCAAGGUUAAUCUCAGGAAGACCCAUGGGAUCAUUUGAGCGACAUGUUGGAUUAUUUAACAGGGCAAAACGUGUCCUGCACUGCAACUUUGACUACUAUUGUUUUACUUAAAAGAUGAAUAAAUUCAAUACUGACCUCUUGUACCGAUUUUGGAGACAUGAAAGAUUUAUUAACUUGGACACCAAAUCAAAUUCAGAGUUCUUGUUUUCUACUAAUUGUUUAGAGUAGAGGAGAACUCUAUUUCAUUUGUGAAUUUGAUCCUAUUUCACCACAGCGUUGUUGGUGUCAACAUUACCCCUUAUGCAGACAUUGUUUUUAACAGCUCUUUGGCCUGCUCCUGCCACAGUUUACCAUAGCUGUGAGUUUUUCAACAGAAUUCAUUGUCCAUUUCAGCAUGCUUUCGAGCAUUUUUAAAUGAAUUUGACAGUGUUUUGUUUUGAACACGAAACAUUUAUUUCAAGACCGUGACUUGUCACCCAGUGUGCUUUUUCAUAAAAUUGUCUACCUUUCCCUUUUAAAGAACUGAAAAACGUUCUUUGGUGAACACUUUGAUAAUAAAAACAGAACAUUUGUUGAAACUGCUACUGAUUGUAUGUAUUUUCUGUUGGAGCACUUUUUCUUUUGGGGUUUCCUUUUUAUUUUACUGAAUAUUUAUGACUAGGUGGAAUUGUAAAUAAUGUAUACAUCUGUGCCUUUUGACUCAUUCUCAACAUUUUCUAUAUCUAACAGAAGGAAUAUAUUGUAUUGAUAUUAAUUUUGUUAACAAACAAAAUAAAAACUAGAGUUUGUCGAA